CAUCGCGUAUUCGCGUAUAAAACGUUCACAUUUCGUGUUUGGGUCUGCGUAGAUAAACCUAUUUCAAUAGAUUUUAACAAUAUCAAGUGGUUUACGAAAGGAAUGGAAUCUGAAGUUGGUUCUGACAAUUUCGGGUUCAACUUCUUCCAUGGUGAUUUACAUUCCUCGCUAUUCGAUGUGUUUGAAGAUAAAAGCAAACAACAGGUGGACACAUUGAAAAAUAUUUACCAACCUUCCUAUAGUGGAACCGAGUUACAUCAAGCCAUCAGAAGUGGCAACAAAUCGAGGAUUGAAAAUGUGUUAAACGUGUAUUUAAAGGAUUUCGAUACGGUUCGUGAAUAUGCUGUUAGAAAAUAUGACAUCCAUAGCAGUGAUAAUGUAUGGUUUAGGAAAACCGUUCUUGUAGCUUCAACUGAAGAACAAUGUCGGAUGGCGAAGAAAUUUGAAAAAGAGUAUGAUUCACAAUCCGAUGUGAAACGGGCGAUUUUGGUUCUUCUCCAACAACCAACAGAUGGCGAUCAUGUGGCAGUGCUGCAUUUAAACAAAAACAAUCGAUUAGAAGCAUGCCGCAUAAUUACUACUCUGACUCCCAAUGGAGUUCUCUCGUGGAACUGUUCACUGUUCAGAGGACAACCGGAAACAUUUAUUGAAACCGCUGCAGGAUGCGGAAACAGCGACUUGAUACAAGGUCUUUACGAAUUGGGCGUAGAACUCUCCGUCCCAGAGCACAAUCCUCUCUUGGCUGCUGUGAGGCAAAAUCGUAAAGAAACUGUCAAGUGGUUGUUGACAGAACAUUUCGAUCAUUUCGAUUGCACAGCCAGAGAUUCGGAACAGUUUAAUGCUGUGAUGGUUGCCAUGAUGAAUCGAAAUGUUGGAAUGAUGAAAUUUUGUUUCGAAAAUAUGCUUGCUUACCGGCAAAGUCAUUUUAAUGAGACAGAAAAUGAUGCUUUCAAUUAUAUUUUUAAACUGGAAAGAGCAACGUGUACGGAUUUUUCCAUUUUUUCGUACUUGGAACAGCGUGGAAGGUGUCGGGAUUUGGUUGAACAGUGGAUUGUUAGAUAUCAGCUAGAUUUAAUGUAUCAGUGGUGUGGAGUUACUCAUCUAGAAAGUCUGAUUACCUGUCAGUGCGCACUUGAAUACUGUUGGGAUAGAAUCCGAUCAAAUCCAGAUCUUUUGAGGCUGAAUGUUUAUAAUUUGAAAUCAGCUUACGUUCUUCAUUUACUUUUUGAAAAGGGGUAUCUUAAAUUUUUGAAAGAAAUGUAUGAAUGUCAUCCCCACAUUAAGCAGUACUUCGAAACCGACCAAGUAUGGCGGGUUUUGGGGCAAGCUAUCCUGAAUGAUGAACAUGAUCAGAUUCAGUUUGUAGUAGAACACCAUUCCAUGUUCCUGAAAGAAAACGAGGACCUACUUAAGAAUAAUGUACUUUUUUGCGAUGGUUACGAAAGAGAUUUCUAUCAGCGGCUUGGCAACACAAUAGUGAAAUUUUUCCCAGAACACACAGAGCAAGUAGAUAGCCUCAAAAAUAUAAAAAUACAUUGCAACAGAUGGAAUGACGAUUUGGAUAACUCAUUUAUAGAUCACAAUAUACAUUGCACUGAAUCAGGAAUACAACUACCGGAAACUGUAGACCAACUAUACGAUGUGAGAGGUUCCCAAGGAGAAUCACUCAUACAUCUAGCCGUUCAGAAGAAUGAUACAGAUCUCCUAAUCCGGCUCCUCGAAGCUGGUUGCGAUUUCGACGCCCUGGACAACGAAGGUAAUCACGUAAUUCACUACGUUAGAAACGUAGAAAUGCUUGAAUUCCUACUCGAGAUACAUCCAUCAGGAAACGCUCUUCUCAAUGUUAUAAAUGUCGCUGAAGGUUAUUCCGUUUUACAUAAAAUAUGUACACAGUACAUGGAUCAAAACUCCCACUGUGAACUACUCCAAAAAGCUCUGGACUAUGGCGCAAAUGUACACCAACUUACUAAGACUGGAGAAUCGGUAAUAUUUCUUAUAAGCAGCUGUUCCCUUUUGGAUAUUCUUCUGAAGCAUGGAGCUAGCUUAGACACCGUCAACGAAAACGAAGAAACAGCUCUAGAAAGACACCUCAAAAACAGAAAUGAAGGCAUAGUCAACGUUUUGUACCAUUUGGUACAUGGAACAUCUACCUUCAAGGAACAUGCACACAAAUUUCUCGCACUAAUGGUCGAGAAAUCUCAUUCUCGCGAUAUUUUCAGUGGUGGUUACCAAAUACUGUUAGAAAAGUUUCCCAAAACAACAAAACUGUUGUUCGACUCGCUAUUUCAACACUCUCCGGAAGAAGCUAGUCGUGUCUUUUCCCUGGCUUGCAAUAAGGCAAUGAAUUUCGUUCUUCGAAAAUUUUUGGAGUUCGACUAUAACUUAAAUUAUAAUCUUCUCUCAGAUUAUGGUUAUCCGCCCAUCCUAGCGCUUUUCUCUUAUAUAGAAGAACCAAACCUAGAUAUUGUAAGAAAGCUACUGAAAAAAGGGGUCGACUUGAACGUAACGACGUAUUUGGGAGCAAAUACUUUGAUUUCUUUUGUAAAUGGAUUCAGUACGGCCAACUGGUUUGGUUAUACCACUGACACGGUACAGCUGUUGGUAGACCAUGGCGUCGAGAUCAACGCCAUGGAUAAUGAAGGAAACACUGCACUGCACAUUGCUGUUGCUACCGGUAAAUGGGAGCUCGUCGAAGCUCUGCUGCGAAAUGGUGCUGAUGCUAGUCUGAAGAAUCACGCAGGAUUGACUCCGAUGGAAACAGCGCGAAGAAUGGAUCGGGAACUGUACUUUUUUAUUGAGUGAUAUUUAAAAUAAGGUAAUAGAUUUUUACAAGUUUGUUAUCCUACCCACACAGAAAGACUGCUGAAAACUGCCUUAGAAAGAACUCUAAAAUGUCUUGUUUGGAAAAUAAAUUUAAAAUUAGCUACAUAGACUCUUUAAUGCAGUUUUUUUCUGAGAUUUGUAGAAAGUUCCUAUUCCUCGUUGAUUUUUCUGCACAAUUUUGUCAAAACCCUAGAAGAUAACAAAUAUAUCUACAGUAUGACCGAUGAAAAAAUGCUAAAAUUUGUCUUCAAGGUUCAAAAACCCUUUUCUUGAUGAUAGCAUGAUUUAAAAACUUUUUAAUGCACUCCGGUAUACAGAUAAACAUAUAAGAAACAAUAACUCGAUGUGUCCGCUUCCGCUUUCAACUUGGGGAAAGUGUUCCUAAAUGCGCCUAGCGAGUUAAAUGCGCCUACAGUCGUUUGAAGAAACGGCUGGGAAAACAACAUACCAAUCAAUGCAUUUUGAGGGCGAUAUGCUUUGAAUAUA